AUGGAUGAAAAGACAAGAUCUUUACUAGGAAUAACGCGUUAUAACAAAUGCGAAUAUAAUUCGAUAAUAAUGAACGACCAAAUAGAAAAAUUUAAGGAAUAUAUUUUAGAAAAUGACAUUUCAACUCAUGAGGCACUUUCAAUACACAUGUAUUCUAUGAGGAACUGUUUUCGAACCGAUAUUAAAAAAUGCGCUUAUUAUGGAUCAGUAAAUAUUUUCAAAUUUAUUCAAGAGAAUUAUCACAUGGAAAUAACACCAGAAUGUCUUCACAAUGCAAUAAUUGGAGGAAAUACAGAUAUUAUCAAUGAAUGUUUGAAAUAUCAUCCAUUAGAUGUUGAUUGCUUAAAGUAUGCAAUCAGUUCUCACAACAAUACUAUGCUUAAAUAUAUUUUGGAUCAUGACAUUGUUGAUGCAGCAAAAUUCGAUUAUCAAGAAGUAAUAAAUUCACAAAAUCUUGAAGCUGUUUUUCUCUUAUUCGAGAAAGACAAAAAUCUAAUCUUUCCAUGGUGCGCAGCAUUCCCACAAACUAAUGAUAUAAUUAAAAAUGAGAAAUUUGAAAUGAAUUCAGUAAUUUCAGAUAAAUUUUAUGGAAUGACUUUGCUCCACUUUGCAUGUUUAUAUAAUAAUAUCGAAAUAUGUAAGUUUUUAUUAGAUUCGAUAAAUCCAUAUCAAAUUAAUAUUGAAUCAUUAGAUAAUUUAGGCGAAACUCCUCUCUUUUCCGCUGUUAUAGGAAAUGAUAAAGAAGUUGUGGAAUUUCUUAUAUCAAAAGGUGCAAAUAUCAAUAUCAAAAACAAAAAUGGAGAUUCUCCUCUUUAUAUUUCUUUAAAGCGUCACUGUAAUGAAGCUGCGAAACUUCUUAUCUUAAACGGAGCAAAUAUUAAAGAAAAUUAUUCAGAAUUACCCAUUCUACAUAUAGCAGUAGAAGAGAAAAUGCCUGAAAUAGUCGAUCUUCUUAUUUCAAAAGGAAUGGAUAUCAAUAUUAAAAGUAAAAAAAGGUAUGUGUCUAGAAUGUCAAAAUCAUGGUUUUCUGGAAUGACCGCUCUUCAUUAUGCAGCAUCAAGAAACAAUGAAGAAAUGAUAGAUUUUCUAAUUCUACGUGGAGCAGAUAUCAAUGCAAUAGAUAACUCUGGGAAAACAGCUAUAUUUUAUCUGAUAGAUGAACACUAUAUCUAUUCUUUGCAUAUGGACUUUAUUCGAAAAUUGGAUUUCGAUUGUUCAAAAGAAAUCAGAAUGGAUAUAAUGAAUAUUCUCAUUUCUCAUGGAGCAGAUAUUGAUGCAAAAGAUAAGUUUGGGGCAACAGUUCUUCAUUAUGCUGUCAUUUUUAGAAAUACUGAAUUGAUUAGACUUAUCAUUUCACUUGGUGCAGAUGUUAAUGCAAGAAAUAAAAAUGGAAAAUCUCCUCUUCAUUUUGCAAUGCAAAAAUUUUAUUGGGACGAUAUAGAAGCUACUAUUCCACAAUUGAAGAAAGGUUUAAGCGAAUUAUAUCAAGAAAUAAUAGAAAUUCUUGUUUCACAUGGCGCAGAUGUUAAUGGGAAAGAUUUGAAAGGAAAAUCAAUUCUUCAAUAUGCAACAAAAUACAAGCAUACCGCAAUAAUUGAAUAUCUAAUUUCGCAAGGUUCAACGGAUAAUUGA